AAAGCAUGCUACCAAAUCCAGAGCAGUUGCCAAUUCCAAUUUGACAAAAAUAUAAAAAACUAAUUACUGUUACACAUAUCUAUUGUUUUAAAAAUUCAGAAGAUGCAGGCUUGCCUCUGCAUUAUCAGUUGGCAGUUUGAUUAGUGUUAAAGAAAAUGGCAGGUACUUGAGAAUUGAAUCACCAGGAAUCUGACUAAUUUUUAGAAAAGGCAGAUAUGCUCACAUGGGUCUAUGGUUUGAUGAUCUAGCCUGAAGAAAACCAUAGUAAGGUUCAGAUAUGAUGUAGCUUAUGUUGUGAAUACAAUACAAUACACACCAAAUUAAGAUAAGAUAAGAUAACCUUUAUUGUCAUUUUUUUACUGUAGGCACAAUGGCACACAUCAAAAAUGAAAUUUAGUUGCCCGCUCUCAAAGUGAAACACAUACAUGACACACACCUAAACAUACUAUGAACAACAUAUGAAUGCUUCUGGCGCAGUUCUUCUGAUUUGGCACAAUCUUUUGUCCAUAAUACAAGGAACCCCAAUUACGUUGUUUAAGGUGUGUGUAUUUCAGCGCAGCAUGGCUGUGGUCAUCCGCUUACAAGGUCUCCCAAUUGUGGCGGGGACUAUGGACAUUCGUCACUUCUUCUCUGGAUUGACCAUUCCUGAUGGGGGCGUGCAUAUUGUAGGGGGUGAGCUGGGUGAGGCUUUCAUCGUCUUUGCCACUGAUGAAGAUGCAAGGCUUGGUAUGAUGCGCACAGGUGGUACCAUUAAGGGGUCCAAAGUCACCCUGUUGCUAAGCAGUAAAACUGAAAUGCAAAACAUGAUUGAACUCAGUCGUAGGCGUUUUGAAACAGCAAAUCUAGAUAUACCGCCAGCAAAUGCUAGCAGAUCUGUUCCACCACCUAGUUCUGGAAUAAGUAGUAGGGUGACUCUUUCUACUACAGUAUCUAAUUUUAACAGCCCUUCUCCUAGUGUAGUAACUGCAGCUACUUCAGUUCACGAAAGCAACAAAAACAUACCAACAUUUUCCACUGCUAGUAUGGGAACUGCACCUCCCAAUAUGGGUGUUACUUUUGGAAGUCCCACUUUUAGCUCUACUAUAUCUAGUACUGCAUCGCCAAUGAACACAGUUCCACCUCCACCAAUACCUCCUAUUCCAGCUUUACCAUCAUUGCCCCCAAUGCCUUCUAUUCCUCCCAUACCUGUUCCGCCUCCUGUUCCUACAUUGCCUCCUGUGCCUCCUGUCCCCCCAAUACCUCCUGUUCCUCCUGUCCCACCUAUGACAUCUCUGCCUCCUUUAUCAGGAAUGCCUCCUAUGAAUCCCCCACCUGUUGCUCCUUUGCCUGCUGGAAUGAAUGGGUCUGGAACAGCAAUGAAUUUAAGCAGUAACUUGAAUCCAAUGUUCAUGAAUCCUAUGAAUGCCAUUCAGAUAAAUUCUCAAAGUAGCAUGAAAUCUCUUCCUAUCAAUCCAGACGAUUUGUAUGUCAGUGUUCAUGGAAUGCCAUUUUCAGCAACAGAGUCUGAUGUCAAAGAUUUUUUCCAUGGACUCCGUGUGGAUGCAGUACAUAUUCUGAAAGAUCAUGUGGGGCGCAAUAAUGGAAAUGGACUAGUUAAGUUUUGCUCUCCUCAAGAUACAUUUGAAGCCUUGAAAAGAAACAGGAUGCUGAUGAUUCAGCGUUAUGUCGAAGUUAGUCCGGCAACAGAGAGACAGUGGGUUUCUGCAGGAGGUCAUAUAACAUUCAAGCAAACUAUGGCUCCUUCUGGACAAAACCAUCCUCCUCAAACUCUCUCUAUGUCCAAAUCUCCUAAUGGACAGAAAAGAUCAAGAUCCAGAUCUCCUCAUGAUCAGGGCUUCUGCGUUUAUUUGAAAGGUCUUCCCUUUGAAUCUGAGAACAAACAUGUAAUUGAUUUCUUUAAAAAACUAGAUAUUGUGGAAGACAGCAUUUACAUAGCUUAUGGACCCAAUGGGAAAGCACUUGGUGAAGGUUUUGUUGAAUUCAGAAAUGAAACUGACUACAAAUCAGCUUUGUGUCAUCAUAAACAGUACAUAGGAAAUCGUUUCAUUCAAGUUCAUCCCAUAACUAAAAAAGCUAUGUUAGAAAAAAUAGAUAUGAUUCGGAAAAGACUACAGAAUUUCAACUAUGAUCAGAGAGAAAUUAUGAUAAAUGCAGAAGGAGAGACGAACCCAUCUAAACUCUGUGCACAUAUAUCUAAUAUCCCCUACAAUAUUACCAAAAUGGAAAUUCUUCAAUUUCUUGAGGGGCUGGCCGUAGAGGAAAAUUCUAUACAGAUACUUGUUGAUACUAAUGGACAAGGAUUAGGACAAGCACUGGUCCAAUUCAAAACUGAAGAAGAUGCUCGUAAGUCAGAGCGCCUGCAUCGAAAGAAACUGAAUGGGAGAGAUGUUGUGUUGAGAGUGAUUUCUCUUGAAGAAAUGAGAGAAAUUGAGAGAAAUCCUCCCUCUCAAGGGAAAAAAAUGUUGAAAAUGCCAUUGCAAGGGAGUACAGCAAUGCCAGGAGUACAAAAUGCUGGUGGGGAUGAGCAUUCUUUCAUAAGUGGUAGUUCAAAAGAUGCAAAGAGUGGUCCUCCUUUUCAUUUUCCUGGCAAUUUCAGUGGUUCUAAUGUAUUUGGUCCUCCUCUUCCACCACCAGGAAUAGGGGGAGGUGGUUUUGGUGACUCCAGGCCAGGAAUGCCUACUAUCGGAAGCAGUGGCUUGCCUGUUCUGCCUGGUACAGGUAUUGAUGUCCCAGGUUUUGGAGGUGGGCCUGGUAAUUUAACAGGGCCCUCUAGUUUUGGAGGAGGUCCUCAGAAUUUUGGGAAUGGUCCUGGUAAUUUAACUGGUCCUCCUAGUUUUGGUAGUGGACCUCCAGGUCUUAGUAGUGGGCUAGGACAUAUAAGUGGACCUCCGGGGUUUGGACCUGGACCUGGAAACAUGCAUAUUACUGGGCCACCUGGGUUUGGAGCUGGCUCUGGUAAGCCCGGGCCUACUGUCAUUAAAGUUCAAAAUAUGCCCUUUACUGUAUCAGUGGAUGAAAUUUUGGAUUUUUUCUAUGGUUAUCAAGUUAUCCCAGGUUCAGUGUGUUUAAAAUACAAUGAGAAAGGCAUGCCUACCGGUGAAGCAAUGGUUGCAUUUGAAUCUCGUGAUGAAGCAAUGGCAGCUGUUGUUGAUCUGAAUGACAGACCAAUAGGCUCACGAAAAGUCAAACUUAUGGCUCACUGCGUGACCAAGGUGGAACUGUCCAUUUCCUGUGACAACCUGAUUGAUAAAGAUGUUGGCUCAAAAUCUGAUCCUCUGUGUGUCUUGCUUCAAAAUGUUGGUGGUGAUCAGUGGACUGAAUUGGAUCGAACUGAAAAAAUAAAGAAUUGCCAGAAUCCUCAAUUUUCAAAAAAGCUGCUAAUUGAUUAUUAUUUUGAGAAAGUUCAAAAGCUGAAAUUUGGUAUAUAUGAUAUUGAUAAUAAGUCAUAUGACUUAAGUGAUGAUGAUUAUCUUGGAGGUGCUGAAUGUACCCUGGGUCAGAUUGUAUCAAGUAAAAUACUUGUUCAGCCUUUAAUGUUGAAGAAAGGAAAGCCUGCAGGAAAAGGCACUAUUACGAUUUGUGCAGAAGAGAUUAAAGAUACCAGAGUUGUUUCUAUUGAUGUUGAAGCUCGGAAUUUAGACAAAAAGGACUUCUUGGGCAAAUCAGACCCAUUUUUGGAAUUCUAUAAACAGAGUGAUAGUGGAAAAUGGCAACUUGUAUACCGAUCAGAGGUAAUUAAGAACAAUUUAAAUCCUUCCUGGAAAAAAUUCAGCGUACCUUUGCAAACAUUUUGUAGCGGUGACUUCAACAGGCAAAUCAAGGUGCACUGUUAUGAUUAUGAUAGUGAUGGGUCACAUGAUUUAAUAGGCAGUUUCGAAAGUACCCUGUCCCAGCUACAGAAGGCAGGUGACAGUUCUCCGGUUGAAUUUGAAUGUAUUCACCCUGAAAAAAAAAGAAAAAAGAAGAGUUACAAAAACUCUGGCAUUAUUAGAUUGAAAUCCUGCAAGAUUGAAACAGAAUAUUCGUUCCUGGAUUAUAUCAUGGGUGGUUGCCAAAUUAAUUUCACUGUGGGGAUAGAUUUUACUGGCUCCAAUGGAAAUCCAAAGUCACCAGAUUCUCUUCACUAUAUUAGUCCAAAUGGGAUAAAUGAAUAUCUCAGUGCUAUCUGGUGUGUGGGUGGUGUGGUCCAGGAUUAUGACACUGAUAAGUUGUUUCCUGCCUUUGGAUUUGGAGCUCAAGUUCCUCCAGAUUGGCAGGUUUCCCAUGAAUUUGCAUUGAACUUUAAUCCUGCAAACCCUUAUUGCCAAGGAAUCCAAGGAAUUAUAGAUGCCUACCGACAGGCCUUGCCUCAGAUUCGUCUCUAUGGUCCAACAAACUUUUCUCCAAUUAUAAAUCACGUUGCUAGAUUUGCUGCUCAUUCAGCUCAAGAAAAGACUGCUUCUCAAUACUAUGUUUUACUGAUAAUCACAGAUGGGGAGAUAACUGAUCUGGACCAAACUAGGCAAGCCAUUGUAAAUGCCUCCAAGCUGCCUAUGUCCAUCAUUAUUAUUGGUGUUGGCAGUGCUGAGUUCAAAGCCAUGGAAUUUUUAGAUGGGGAUGAUGGUGUCCUGAAAUCAUUGGCAGGGGAGCCAGUUGCACGAGAUAUUGUCCAGUUUGUGCCUUUUAGACAGUUCCAAAAUGCUCCUCGGGAAGCCCUUUCCCAGGCAGUAUUGGCUGAAAUCCCUAGACAACUAGUCUCCUACUUCAAGAAAACUGGCCUGACUCCUGUAAAAUUGCCUUCACAAAAGCAACCAUAAAGCAGAGAAUAUUUUUAUUGCUUAAAUAUACAGUCAGGAAAAUAAUGCUGCAGACAGAAGGUUUUUUUUUAAUAAAAGCAUUUAUCUUCUGGCAUCCAGUAACACUGCACUCAAAAACAUUUCUGUGGUUCUGCAUAUAAUGCUCAUGUUCUAUGCAGAAAAUGUAUAGGAUCUGUACAUGUAUAGGAAAUAUAUAGGAACUCUCAUGCCUAUUAAGAAUCUAGUGGCUAUCUCAAAUUGUAGGAUUUGGCUAUCAGUUUGUAUUCUGUAUAUCUGCAUACACUUUGUACAGCAUGGAAUCAAAUUGAAGAAACUUGGGUUUAGAACAAGAUUAAAGCUUUACGGUAUAUUUUUUCUGUUAAAAUUAUAUAACUUGGAUAGAUCUUAGCAGUGGUUUUGGAAAGGUGAUGAUACUUAACUAGGUUACUAAAUGGUUGAUGGUCCCUGUGAUCAUGCAGAAGUUGUAACCUCAAAACUAUAUUAUUUUUUAGCACAAGCCUAUAUUUUAUGCAAGAUAAUCUGAUUACAAGAACUUCACAUAUGUUGCAUAUAUCAGAAAUUCACUUUAAAAAUAGUUGACAUGCAUGAUUUCUUUCUCUAAUUUAGAAUACUAUGAACAUCUAGCUGCUGUGAACUUUUUCACUGAUACAGAAAUAUGUGUGUGUGUAUAAUACACACUAUAUAAUAUAAUAUAUAAUGAUAAAUGCUAUAUUGUAUAUAUACAUAUAUACAUCAUUUAUUAUAUAUUCCUAGACAAUUUCUCAUCUGUAGAAAGACAAAUCUUCUUGCACUGUUAUAGCAUUGCCUUAAUUUUUGUGGGUCUUUAUGAAAUGACAAAUAUUAAAACUAUUUUCUUUAUAAAGGAAUUGUACUAUACAUUACCAAAGCUGAAUACAAAUCAUUGUUUAAUGUUUUAAAUAAUGCUGUUUACAUUCAGACAUGUUUCUUAAGGGCAUUUUCUUAUAUUUCAAAUUAUGUUUUAAAGUAUAUUUCAUUCAUGUAUUUCACUGAUACUAGUAGAGAAGUGACAAGUAAGAAUUUGAACCCUAACUCCAACCCUAAGUUGCAGGAACCUUAGAUGCUUUCAGCUACAGCAAUACUAGUUUACAUUAAAUACUUUCAGUUAUAGUUUUGGAAAGUUCAUUUCAAAUUUUCUAUAACUUUGGAGUAUGAAAGCUUUUUAAAAGAAAGUGCAAAUCUUAUUGAUCUAAAGGAAAAUGUGUUUGAAUAAAUUUAACAAUAAUAUCAAAUAUUAUUUAUAAAUCCAAAUAUAAGGAAAUUAAGUCUGUGCUUAGAUAAUGAAAUAAUUUGUCUAAUGCUGAAUUUGCAGUUUGAUCCAAGUAGAGCUGCUUUGUUAAUGAAUGCAUCAAACAAAGAUAUUUUAACUAGAGGUAGUUCUUGAUUUACAACCAUUUGUUUAGCCACUAUUCAAAGUUAUAACAGCAAUGAAAAAGUGACUUAUGAAUGAUCCUUGCACUUAGGGCCAUUGCAGCAUCUCCAUUGUCACAUGAUCAAAAUUUGGGUGUUUGGCAUUUGUGAUGCAUUUACAAUAGUUAGUGUCCUGGAAUCAUGUGAUCACUUUCUCAUCUGGCUUCGAACAAGCAGAGUAAAUGGAGGAAGCUGGAUUCGUUUAACAAUUGCAUGAUUCACUUAACAGCAGCAGUGAUUCACUCAACAACUGUGUCAGUAAAGGUGAUAAUAUUAGGUGCAACUCAGUUAAUAACCACCUUGCUUAGCAGGGGAAAUUCUAGCCCCAAUUGUGGUCAUGAAGACUACUGGUAUAAUCACAUUAUACUUAUCAUAUUACAUCUCAGUUGAAAUUAACUCUAUAGUAAUAAUAUUGUGUCCGUUUUCAAUCCUUGAGAAAAAUUGCUUUUGCUGUAUUUUUUAGACAGAUUUAGACUUGUUCUCUAUCAUGAUAGAAUGUAGGAUACACAUAACAGAUUUAAAUUUUAGGGAACCACUCUGAAGAAAUUACAUCCUUUCUGCUUUUGAAAGUUUUACGAUUUCUCAUUCAAUAGGAAUUUGGAUUCAAUUUCCAGGGCCUACCCUAUACUCAUACCAGGAUGAUAACAGUUGAUUUCUAAGAUGGUAAAAUAAAUAAUACAAACUUAGACUGUAGUUGAAAAGCACUCAGCAACUUUAAUACUUAUUUGUGUUAACAUAUUUCUCAGAAAUAGAAUAUAGUUCUUUUAUAUUUGGAGGAAUAUUAGAAGGAAUUUGUACCUUUUAUAUUUUUUGAUUUUGCCUUUAUUACUUUUAUAAAUAUCUCAAAACAGAGAACAUAUACAAUACUCCUUUCUAUUUUCCUCAUAACAGCAAUCCUGUAAGGUGAGUUGGGCUAAGAGAGAGUGCCUGGCACAAAAUCAUGCAGCUGGAUUUCGUGCCUAAGGCCGAACUAGAAUUCACAGUCACCUGGUUUCUAGGCCAGCACUUUAACCACUAUUCCAAACUGUUUAAAAUUUUUAAACCACAUUUUUAAAAGGUAUCUCCAGCCUUUUUGAAAAUUGCCUGUUUGGACAAUCUUCUAUUGCACUGUUUGAUUAAAUGUUUAAUGGAAAUAAUGUUUCUAAUGUAAGAAUGCCAUUCUGUAUUAAAUCUCCGUAUAAAUUUUAA